GUUUUGAAAAACCGACCCGUUUGCAAAAGUGGGUCGGGUACGGAUUGGGUUAAAUAGUGUAGGAUUAAUUUUGGAUUAAACCCGAACAUGACCCGACCCAAUUUUCACAGCCCUACUUGGACCCUCUAAAAAAUAAAUCAAAGCAAUAUCAUUACUAUUACAAACGAAGAUAAAAAACUUUCAUCAUUGCGGAUAAAGCAAUCCUUCAUUGCGGACGCAUUUCCCAGGUCCACUCGCUGUAACGGCCAACGGCGACCGUCACUCCCCAUCGUGAAAACCCAAGCCACCAAAAGGGUAUUUCUGUCAUUACAGGCUGUCCUCCGUCCCCGUUCAGAUAUCCAUUUUCCACCUCCACCUAGCCCAGUCAAAGCACUCGGCCCCCUCGCCCUCUAUCCAACGGCCGCGAUGUGCCCGAUCCUCCAUAACGGUGCGAUCACAGCGAUGACACCGGUAUUCCUCAGCGCGAACGUCGGCUCACGAGUUACCGACGACUCGCUACAUGCUUCUCCACGCGUCUGUCCCCAGCCACUUCCUCGUCGAUCGAUCCCUUUUACAGGCCCCAACUUCGCCGUUCUUGUUUAGAAGCCAUUUUAGGGCGUGUGAUUGAAGAGAGAAAAGUUAGAUCUGUUAUGGAAAGGAAGAACGCCGAAUCUGCUAGGCGGCCAAAUCCCGCGAUGCCGUAUCGGGAAGAUUGCUGGAGUGAAGGGGAGACAUCGACGCUUGUUGACGCAUGGGGUGACCGCUACCUCGAGCUCAACCGCGGGAAUAUCCGGCAGAAGCAGUGGCAGGAAGUUGCCGAUGCCGUCAACGCCCGCCCGAGUGGCGGGCGGCGUCCCCCGCGCACGGACGUCCAGUGUAAGAACCGGAUUGAUACCCUGAAGAAGAAGUAUAAGAUCGAGAAGGCGAAGAUAUCUGACGGCGCCAUCGCCAGCCAGUGGCCCUUCUACUCUCGCCUCGACAUGCUUGUCGGGUCCUCCGUGCCGCCCAUAAAACCAACCCCCUCGCCAUCGCCGCCGCUCGCUUUGCCCCUUCCUACUUUCAUCAGGAGGAGUUACUCAGCAGCUGCCGCUGCGGUGGCGGAUGGGGACAGCGGGUCGUUGUCGAAGUCUUCGCGGUCGAGCAUGGAGAGACGUAUGUCGAGGGAGCGGAAGAGGAAGCGUGAGAUUGGUGAGGGCGACGGGAUGCGAGAACUUGCCCGGGGGAUCGGGCGGUUGGCGGAAAUCUACGAGAAUUUGGAGGCCGAGAAACAUCGGCAGAUGAUUGAGUUGGAGAAGCAGAGAAUGGAAUUCAUUAAGGGUCUGGAGUUCCAACGCAUGCAAAUGUUUGUUGAUACACAGGUCCAGCUAGCGAAAAUCAAGCGCACCAGGCGUAGUGAUGCUGGUGAGAUGGGUCUUUCUAUAGCUUUUCCUUCUUUAUUGCAGCUCCUUGUACUGAGUAUGUCAUGAUUGGAUGCAUUUGUUUGGAGAUCUUUGGUUACAGGCCGUUCUAGAUCUAGGCACGGUUAUGCCUGAUUUAAUUUGGGUACUUUCUCUUAUCUUCCUUCGUGUUCAUCUGUCUGGUGAUGAUGUUUCUGUUUAUAAAAAUUCAAUCUACUAUUGCUUGUUUUUGUAUUUGCUGACACUUCGAACAAUUCUAUUUUAAUAUUGGUUUAGUGUUCCACGCA